AUGGAUUCUCGAUCGCGCACGGUGACAGGCGCGUCAUCAUCAAAGCCCAAGACUCUUGUUGACACCCUAACGAGCGCUCUCGUCAAUCGGGAAGCGAAAUCGGCCCGCCGGAGACUCACAGUUUUGCCUCGGACAGCGGCUGAUUUCUCUUCCAAUGACUUCCUCUCCCUGUCAACCUCACCGGCCUUCAGGAACCGCUACUUGGCCCAUCUGAAUGGGACUCCAGAGUCAUUUCCUUUUGCCAGCGGCGGGUCUCGAUUACUAGAUGGAAACUCCGCUUACGCUGAGGAUCUAGAGCGCUUUGUGGCCGAUUUUCACGAUGCUCCGACAGCACUUCUUUUCAAUUCUGGUUAUGAUGCCAAUGUAGGAGUUAUGUCCAGUAUUCCCCAACCCGGGGAUCUCAUUUUGUACGAUGAGCUGGUCCAUGCAAGUGCCCGUGAAGGCAUGCGGCUCUCCCGGGCAACAGCAAGAAAGAUGUUUACGCAUAGCUCACCAGCUGCACUAAGAGAUGUUUUGGCUGCUGAGAUCAAGAAGGAUGCUAGUAUUACAAAUGGCUCUCGCAAUGUCCUUAUAGUCGUUGAGUCGCUUUACAGCAUGGAUGGUGACGUGGCUCCUAUCAAGGAAUUUAUCCAAGUCGUGGAUGAGUUACUUCCAUGUAACAAUGGUUAUUUCAUUGUCGAUGAGGCACACGCAACUGGUGUCUUCGGACCACGAGGUGCUGGUGUGGUGCAGCAUCUUGGCGUCCAGGAUCGAAUGUUUAUUCGAGUGCAUACUUUUGGAAAAGCACUUGCGAGUCACGGAGCCAUGGUGCUCUGCGGUCCUGAGACAAGAGAUUAUCUGAUCAACUACGCUCGCAGCCUUAUUUAUACCACUGCUCUGGGCUUUCCUUUCCUCGCAUCUAUUCGUACCGCCUAUGAGCUCCUAGCUUCAGGAGAAACCGAAUCAUUACGAACUCGAGUCCAAGAAUUGAUUAAACAUCUCCACCAGCGCCUGGGCGGUCUUCAAAUAAACCAAUCGGUCGUGUUUGAAGUUGAUCAUUUCCCCACAUCCCCCAUUUUCUCAUUGCGCACAUCACAGCCGCGCCGAUUGGCAAGUGCGUGCCAAGAUACUGGCUACAUUGUCCGUGCCAUCAUGCCGCCUACUAUCCCCGAGGGCAGUGAACGAGUACGAGUCUGCUUGCAUGCAGGUAACACAGAGGAGGAAAUCGACGGCUUGGUGCGAACCAUCCAAUCAUGGCUAGAUGGAAGUUCAGCGCACAGGGAGGCGAAACUAUGA